AUGUCGCUAAUACCAGCACUCCAAAUCCCAUACCGGGAGGCACGCGACGGAUUCUGGGGUAAACAAACCUCAACUCUCAACUGGUGCGAGGAGGACUACAACAUCUCCUUCUACUGCGCCGAAGUUGUCAACACCCUAACAAACCUAAUUUUCAUGUGGCUUGGGGCCAAAGGGCUACGAGAUGUGCUUGCGUACGGCCACUCAAGGGUCUUUAUCCUCGCCUUUCUGGGGUACAUGGUCGUAGGCGUAGGGUCAAUGGCGUUUCAUACCACGCUUAAGUAUGAGAUGCAGCUUGCCGAUGAGCUGCCGAUGAUAUACACCGUGUGUAUCAUGGCCUUUGCCACGUUCUCGUACAAGCGGCCGGCCAAAGUCCAGGCGCUCGUUGCAGCGGGCUUGGUCGGGUUGGCCGUUUUCAUCACAGUCUACUACCUCUACGCUAAAGACCCCGUCUUCCACCAAGUAGCCUACGGCCUCCUAACAGCCUGUACCAUCUUCCGCGGGUUUUACGUGAUGGAGCGGGAUCUGCGGCCGCAACUUCUGAGGAAACAGGAACCCGCUGCUUGCCAACGGUGCAUGCGGACUAUGUACAAGUUAGCUUUGACCGGCAUUGUCAUGUUUUUGGGCGGUUUCUUUAUCUGGAAUAUGGACAACAUCUUUUGUCAUAACUUGACUGCGACUAAGAACCAGAUUCUGCUACCGUGGUCGGUAGUGCUGGAAGGCCAUGGGUGGUGGCAUAUUCUGACGGGUCUGGCCUACCACCUCAUCGUCUGGAGGGUCUGGAUGAACCGCUGCCUAGACGGCGGCGACGAUUUCGUGUUGGACUGGGCGCCUUUGCGAUCCGUUCCACGAGUCCUGGUGAGGGAGAUUGAGUCCCAAGCGAUUGCCGCGCAGCAGCAGAUCAGCCUCGUGCGCCAGCAAGCGGCGAGCAAGCAGCGCGAGAUGCGCUUGGCCCAGCUGACGCGGAGUGAGAUUGGCUCGCUGCCGUCCGACACGGCUGUGUAUGAGGGGGUUGGGAAGAUGUUCGUCGCCAUCCCAGUCUCGACCCUCCAGAAUAAACUGGGGACGCAAAUCAAGGAUAUCGACACCGAGGUAGACGCGUUGGGCAAGCGGUUACAUUAUCUAGAAACGACGGCGAAGAACAGCCAAGAGCACAUUGAAAAGAUGCUUAAGGGGGCUGGUCAGGGGUGA